CAGAAUGAUAAGAUUAUUUCGAAUUCGCAUGAACAGGAUGGAUCUUGCAAUUCCCGUUUGGUUUUGGGUUGUUGGAGGGAUUUUCUCCCUAUUAACAGUCCUUGGAAACGGCUUGGUAAUGUAUCUCAUUAUUUCAAGGAAGCGUCUCCAUAGCACAAUCAACUGGUUCUUAUUUUCGCUCGCUGCUGCGGAUUUUAGUGUAGGAUUUUUAUGCUUCUCCUUCCUGGCCGGUAGAUAUGAUCCUAGCAACAAGUGCGUAGCGGAAGCGAUACGAUGGUUAUUCCUCGAUCUAUCUAUGACUAACCUCUGUGCACUAACAAUUGAUCGGUACAUGGCGAUUGCUACUCCCCUGAAGUAUACUGCUUUCAAGGCUAAGGGACGGCACUUGUCCUUAAUAUCGGCGGCGUGGAUCAUACCACUUGCUUUUCAUUUUGUGCCAUUUACAGUAGUGUGCUAUUUGAACUCGCACAUUGUCUUGAAAAUUUGUCAUGCCAUCUGGCUCUUCGUAUAUAAACUUCCUUCAUGUCUCCUAUUAAUUACAGCUUGUUCAAGGACAUUAUAUAUAACACACAGACAAAACAAGCGUCAGAGAAUUCUUCUCUCUCAGUUACUCUUCAAUGGCUUUGCUUUCGAUGAUAUGAAGAACAGUGGAUCACAAGGUAGAGCAACCACAUUUUCCAAAGCUUUCGGUAUCAUAGUAGCCAUCUUUUUCAUAUGUUACGCUAUUGACAUCGCCAGACUUUUCUGCUUUACAUUUCAUUGUAUAAGUGAUAUUCCAACAGAUUUAGUGCAUACACAGAGGUUACUAUUCAUAUGCAACUCGGCAUUUAACCCAUUCAUAUACAGUAAUAUGAAGCAAGACAUCAGGAAAGAAGUGAAGCUCUUUUUUCAAAUACGUUCUGCUACUCGAGAGCUUAAUUUGGGUUAGCUGGUCUUAUUCAUACGCAUUUUCUUUAAAUUUAGGAUAUUCUGGGUUGUUACAAUCCGGCUUUUUUGUUUUGCUUUUCAUUUUUUUUUCUUUCCAAACAUUGAUUGGAAUCUGCAAAAGAUCAUACCUUGACAGAAAUACUCAAUUUCAUUUUCUAUCAAGGUGAAAGAGUUGUCCAUGCAUCAUUAGCCAUAAUCCUUCAAUCUCUUUAAUCCUUAAACUCACUUGAAAGACGGAGACAGAAUUUCUUAACAUGACUACAACAUCAAGCAGGCAAGUGAUCAGAAUAAAGAAAAAUAUUAAUUAGGGGUUUAGUAGUUGAUCCAAUACCAAAUUCCCCAACUAACAAGAGAAGAGUUGUAUGGC